GGCUGAAUCCCAAAUCGACUUCCACUUCCUGCAUACGUCCACUACAGAGGCUGCGAAAACAAUGGCGCCUACGCCCCUUUGCAGUGCACUUGAUUUAUCCAAUAGGAAGUUAUUUGGGAUUCAGCCAUAGUAAAUCGUUAGGGUGCUGGUUCAGCUAGUUUUUCCAUUGUUUGUGUUGUGUUGUUUUUUGUUUGUUUGUUUUAACAUUUUUAUGUUAAGCGAUGAUUUAUGGAGUCCAUAAAUUAGCGUGUUAUAUAUAUACAUAUAUAUGGAGAGAGUUAUUGUUUCGGUGUUCCGCUAGUGAUUAAAUAGGCAGGUUCGUUUAGCCUACAUUGUUCUUCUCGGCUGCUUUUUUUUCUUUUCUCUCUUCAAACAUCACAGCACGGUUAUAUAACCAUAGAUGUGAUAAGUUGGCACCAGGCAGCAAUUUCAAUAAAUAAAUAAAUUCAUAACAAAUGUGAAAUGUAACAGACACGAAGGCCUAGAAGGACGACUCCUGUGUAGUUUGUCCGCUGCAGUGUACAGGUUACAUUCACCACAAAGGCUUUAGCUGUUAGCAUUCAGCGAGUUAUUAGCACGCUAGCUAACAUUUCAGAGCUAAGCGGUCAAGCUGCUGAGAGUUAGCUAAUCAACCCUGGUCAAGGUUUUUUUUUCCUCCUCACUUAUUUGCAACCAGUGACUAAAAUGUUUCGCAAUUGAGGCCUGUUAUUAUUAUUAUUAUUAUUAUUAUUAUUAUUAUUAUUAUUAUUAUUAUUUUAGGAAAAAAAACUUUUGUGAAGGUUUCUUUACGUUCAAUCUGUAUAUCUUAAAAAAAACCCAAAACAAAUUAAAUGAAGUGUUUAUACUUUUCUUCAGACGGUGGUCUCUUGCAAUGCCUCGGACGCAGGCGCAUGACCCUGCUCACUCACAGGUUGAAGAUGUGCCGACUCGUACAAGCGGAGAGACGUCAAACUUCGAACAGAAUGAACUUCUUGACGACGAGUUUGGAUCCGACGAGUCUGGACGCUGCUUGAAGGAAGAGUCUUUGGAGCUGGACAGCGAGGAUGAUGACGGUGAUGGAAACGAUCUCGACAGACUGAACAUCAUCUGCAUUAAGGAGGAAGAUCCCGAAGACGACGACUACCUCUACUGCGAGGUUUGCAAAUGCUUUUUCGUCAACAAGUGCGAGGUUCACGGUCCCGCUCUGUUCGUUCCCGACGCUCCGGUUCCCAUGGGGGUGGCGGAGCGUGCCAGACGAACCCUUCCGCCUGGACUUGAGAUUCGGAAGUCCGACGUUCCCGAUGCCGGCCUGGGGGUGUUUAAUAAGGGAGAGACAGUUCCAGUUGGAGCACACUUCGGACCCUACCAGGGAGAUCCAGUAGACCGAGAGGAAGCGAUGAACAGUGGUUAUUCAUGGGUGAUAUACAAGGACAGGCAGCGUGAGGAAUAUGUAGACGCUACGAAUGAGAUUCAUGCUAACUGGAUGAGGUACGUGAAUUGCGCUUGUACUGAUGAGGAUCAGAAUCUCAUGGCAUUUCAGUACCAAGGAGGGAUUUUCUACCGCUGCUGUCGACCCAUCAAACCAGGACAGGAGCUUCUAGUGGGCUACGAAGAGGAAUACGCCAAAGAUCUCAGUCCUGCAUUUGAAUACCUUUGGAACAAAAAGUGUUCCACGAAUGAAAUGAAUGGCAUCCUGUUGCAAGCCUUCUCCUGCUCCUUGUGUGCACUUUCCUAUACAUCUUUAUUUCACUUCCACAAACAUAUCAAGAGAUGCCACUAUGAGGAGUAUGUGAGACUGGUGAAUUCAGGAGAGAUUACCUAUGAGAAAUUAAAUCUGAUGCCUACCGACAGCUCGAGUAGUCAUCAGUCUGGAGCUGACUCCUCUAGUAUGUUGGGCGUUACAACCUCUAGCAGUCAAACGCAGAUAAAAACUCACCGCUGUUCAGAAUGUGGCGAGAGUUUUGUUCAAGAGAGCGAUCUCGAACUGCACCGGCACGUUCACACGGGAAAGAAGACCAAGUCGUACGAGUGCUCGCAUUGCGGCAGGAGUUUCACUCAAGUGAGCCAUCUCCGAGCACACAAGCGCAUUCACACAGGAGAGAGGCCGUACCGCUGCUCGGAGUGCGGAAAGAGUUUUAUUCAGAGGAGUAACCUCCGAACACACCUGCGCAUCCACACAGGAGAGAAGCCGUAUCGCUGCUCAGAGUGUGGGCGGGGUUUUACCCACCAGAGCAAUCUUAACACGCACCAGCGCAUUCACACGGGAGAGAGACCGUUUCAUUGUUUGCUGUGCGGGAAGACCUUUGCGCAGCAGAGCGCUCUUCGGCUACACCAGCGUGUCCACACGGGAGAGAAGCCGUAUCGCUGCUCAGAGUGUGGGAAGAGAUUUGUCCAACUGGCGGGUUUGCAGAAACACCAGUCUAUUCACAAAAGAGAGCGGCCUUAUCACUGCUUACAGUGCGGGAUCAGUUUCACUCACCGGACCCAUCUCCAAGAACACGAGCGCAUUCAUAUCGGAGAGCGGCCGUACCACUGCGCCCAGUGUGGGAAGAGUUUCUCUCACCAGCGGAAUUUGCACCAGCACCAGCUCAUCCACACAAAAGAGAAGCUGUACCACUGCUCACAGUGCGGGAAGAGUUUCUCUUUCCAGCACAGGUUGCAGCGGCACCUUCGCAUUCACACGGGAGAGCGGCCGUACCAGUGCUUGCAGUGCGGGAAGAGUUUUUCUUCCCAGCACAAACUGCAAGUACACCAGCGCGUUCAUACGGGAGAGAAGCCGUAUUCCUGUUCACAGUGCGAGAAGAAUUUCACGAGCGCCAGCAGCCUCAAGAUACACCAGCGCAUCCACACAGGAGAGAAGCCGUAUCAUUGCUCCCAGUGUGGGAAGAGUUUUACUUGCCGGACCAACCUCCGACAGCACCAGCGCAUUCACACAGGAGAGAAGCCGUAUGACUGCUCGAAGUACUGUGGAGAGAGUUUUAUCCGUCAGAGCGAUCUCAAACUGCACCAGCUCAUUCACACAGGAAAGAAGAUCAACUUGUAUCAGUGCUCGUACUGCGGGAAAAACUUUACUCAGGCGAGUUAUCUCCGACGACACCAGCGCAUGCACACGGGAGAGCGGCCGUACCAUUGCUCGCACUGCGGGAAGAGUUUUGCUCAACAAGGUAACUUCCGAACGCACCUGCGCAUUCACACGGGAGAGAAGCCCUAUCACUGCUCGGAGUGCGGUCGAGGUUUUACUCGCCAAAACGCUCUCCAGCUCCACCAGCGCAUUCACACCGGAGAGAGGCCAUAUCAGUGCUCAGAGUGUGGGAAAACGUUUAUUCAAAAGAUCAACCUCCAAAUACACCAGCGCAUUCACACCGGAGAGAAGCCGUACCACUGCUCGGAGUGUGGAAGGGGUUUUACUCACCCAACAUCUCUCCAGGACCACCAGCGCAUUCACACGGGAGAGAAGCCGUAUCAAUGUUCGCAGUGUGGGAAGAGGUUUUCGCAGCAGAGUACCCUCCACAUACACCAGCAUGUUCACACACGAGACAAACCGUAUAAGUGUUCACAUUGUAAGAAGAGUUUUACUCACCAGAGUCUUCUUCAGCAACACCUGAGCUUUCACACGGGCGAGAAGCUGUACCACUGCUCCCAGUGCGGCAAGAGUUUCGCUUACCAGCGUACGUUCCGACGGCACCAGCGCGUUCACACCGGACAGAAGCCGUACUGCUGCUCGCAGUGUGGGAAGAGUUUUUCAGAGAUGGGGAAUUUCCAAAAACACCAGCGCAUUCACACCGGCGAGAAGCCGUACCACUGCUCAGAGUGCGGGAAGAAGUUUGCCCAACUGGGAGGUUUCCAACGACACCAGCGCAUUCACACGGGAGAGAAGCCGUAUCGUUGCUCCGAAUGCGGGAUGAGUUUCGCUUAUCAGAGUACCUUGCAGCGACACCAGAGCGUUCACACGGGAGAGAAGCUGUAUUCCUGCUCGCAGUGCGGGAAGAGUUUCAAUUACCUAGAAGGCUUCCAGAUUCAUCAGCGCAUCCACACGGGAGAGAAGCCAUACCAGUGCUCCCAGUGCGGGAAGAGUUUUACUUGCAAGUCUAAUCUCCGACAACACCAGCGCAUUCACACGGGAGAGAAGCCAUACCAGUGCUCCCAGUGCGGGAAGAGUUUUACUUGCAGGUCUAACCUUCGACAACACCAGCGCGUUCACACAAAAGAGGGAAGCCACACAGCAACUUAGUAUAUUACAGAUAAGUUGUUUUAAAAAAGAAAAAAGAACCCCGAUUAAUUGCUUCGUAGUCGGGUAGCAUGGUGACACGGCAGGUAGCGUUGAUGCCUGAGCUCCAGGGUCAGAGUAGUGUAGAGUUUGAUGUGUUCUCUCUGUCCUCCCAUCUACCGAAGACAUGCCAGUAGACGGAUACUCUAGGAUCAAUCGCUCUAGGUAUGAAUAUGUAUGAGAGUAUGAUGCCCUGUGUCGGACUGAUGUCACAUUUAUGGUGUGUUCCCAUCUUGGUCCCAUGUGUUCUCGGAAUAGACCCCCUGUUUUUGGAUAAAGCUGUUAAUCAAUAAUAUUUUGCAUGUUAUGUAGCAAAUGUAAUAUUGUAUCCUUGUCGAACGCAUGAAUUGAAUGGUAUAUUGCAUUCAUAUAAUGUUUUUUAAAUUUGUUUUUAAACUAAAAUAGUGGCUUAAAUUGUGUGCUGUGAAAAAAACAACAACAAAACAAUCUAUACAGAAUAUUUCAUUAGCAAGUCUAUAUUUCAUGCAGUGGUAAUUCCAGCUUUAAAUCAUCCUGCUUCUUGUCCCUUUAUUUUAAUUCUAACAUGAAUGGCAUUAUAAUAAAUAUCAUGUUUAUUACUUAAAUAAAAUAAAAAAUGCACCAGA